AUGUCCGACACAUCUAUCCUUCGACCCAACGGGUUAGCACAUGUUGUCUUCAAAACGGCCAACAUCAAAGCGCUUGUUGAAUUCUGGUCCACGUUCCUGGGAGCGGAACGAGUGUUCGAGAAUGACUUCAUUGCUUUCCUUCGCUAUGAUGACGAGCACCACCGAGUAGCCAUCAUCAAUGACAAUAGCACUAGCCCUCAUUCUGGUACGGCUGCCGGACUUCACCAUGUGGCCUUCACCUACAACACACUCCAAGGACUUUUCAAAGCCUGGGAACUGAGAGCAAAGCUUGGCAUCAAGCCAACCUGGUGUGUUAAUCACGGCCCUACGACCAGUGUGUACUACAAGGAUCCGGAUGGAAAUUCUAUCGAGACUCAGGUCGAUAACUUUGAUACUAUCGAGGAGGCAAAUGAAUUCAUGAUAUCCAAAACUUUCCGAGACAAUCCCAUUGGCACAGACAUUGAUCCAGACGAGCUGCUUCGACAGCUGGAAGACGGCACUGAUGAGAAGGUCUUGAAAACGAGAAUCGAGAUCGGGGUUCGACAUGAUAUCCCUACUGCAGUAUAA